AUGGAGAUUCCUAAUGGCUCGUACCAAGCAGACAGCUCGCAAGUCCACCGGCGGGAAGGCUCCGAGGAAGNUACCAAGCAGACAGCUCGCAAGUCCACCGGCGGGAAGGCUCCGAGGAAGCAGCUAGCCACCAAGGCGGCCAGGAAGUCGGCUCCGGCCACCGGCGGAGUGAAGAAGCCUCACCGCUUCAGGCCAGGAACUGUGGCUCUCCGUGAGAUCCGAAAGUACCAGAAGUCCACUGAGCUUCUCAUCCGCAAGCUCCCAUUCCAGCGCCUGGUUCGUGAGAUCGCCCAGGACUUCAAGACCGAUCUCCGCUUCCAGAGCUCCGCCGUGGCCGCGCUUCAGGAGGCUGCCGAGGCUUACCUUGUCGGGCUGUUUGAGGACACCAAUCUGUGUGCUAUUCACGCGAAGAGGGUGACUAUCAUGCCCAAGGACAUUCAGCUUGCUAGGAGAAUUAGGGGCGAGAGGGCUUAUGGUAUCANUACCAAGCAGACAGCUCGCAAGUCCACCGGCGGGAAGGCUCCGAGGAAGCAGCUAGCCACCAAGGCGGCCAGGAAGUCGGCUCCGGCCACCGGCGGAGUGAAGAAGCCUCACCGCUUCAGGCCAGGAACUGUGGCUCUCCGUGAGAUCCGAAAGUACCAGAAGUCCACUGAGCUUCUCAUCCGCAAGCUCCCAUUCCAGCGCCUGGUUCGUGAGAUCGCCCAGGACUUCAAGACCGAUCUCCGCUUCCAGAGCUCCGCCGUGGCCGCGCUUCAGGAGGCUGCCGAGGCUUACCUUGUCGGGCUGUUUGAGGACACCAAUCUGUGUGCUAUUCACGCGAAGAGGGUGACUAUCAUGCCCAAGGACAUUCAGCUUGCUAGGAGAAUUAGGGGCGAGAGGGCUUAGGUGAGGCUAGCCUCUCGAUUGUAUAUGUGGCUAUUGCUAGGGUUUUGAAUUGGUUUCUAUUAUGCAAUGCAAUUGCCCCCAAAUAUGAACUUGUAUUAGUAUAAUGAAAUGAAAUAUGAGUACUGCUUUUUGUUGGGUCC